UAUAUCAACCAACACAUUUUUUGUUUUUUUAAAAUAAGUCUAUGUCAGGUUAAUAUAUUUAAAUGUUCAUAUCAAUAAUUCAAAGUGUAUAGAUACAGUUGGAUGAUUUUUGAUGGAUGCAGCAGUACACACAAACAUAAAUGAAUUUUAAAUCAUUAAGUUAUCACGCGAGAGGAAAAUUAAUAAAACACUUGGAUUUAUAUGCCUCACGUCAUGGUUCUGACAUAAGCUAGUGUUUAAUAUUACAGGAUGGUAAAUACUUUAUAGAAAUGAUUAGUACGGAUAAGAAGCUGACAUAAUAAAAGUAUGAAGAAAUACGAAAUCGGACCUGACGGGGGAUGGGGCUGGAUGGUCUGUCUUGGGACCUUCAUUGUAGCGUUUAUAGUAGAGGGAACGACGGCUGCGUUUGGAGUUCUAAUUAAACCAAUUCAAGAAGAAUUUCAAGCAUCAAAGUCCAGUACUACAUGGGUAGCCUCGCUGUCAUUUGGAGUAUGCUACCUCAUAGGACCAAUAGUUGGUAUGUUUCUGGAAAGAUUUUCCUUACGACAAGUAACAAUCACCGGUGCUGUAAUAGGAUUCUUCGCAUUUACAGUCUCUGCAUUUUCUCCAAACAUUACAGUUCUUAUCAUAGCUUAUGGAAUUUUGGGAGGCAUAAGUAUGGGUGUGACCUUUAUGACGGCAAUCGUUGCUGUAGGCAGAUAUUUUAACAACAGACGCGCAAUGGCAACGGGAUUAGCCAUGAGUGGAGCUGGUUUUGGAAUGUUUGUAUAUCCGUUCUCUACAGAAAUCCUUCUGCAAGUGCUUGACUGGCGAGGGACUGUUCUGUUGAUAGCAGCUAUUUAUCUGAAUUGUGCUGUAAGUGGGGCGAUGUUUAGACCACUAGCCCUUCUGGGACCCGAAGAGGAAAAUACCGAUACCAAGGUGUCAACAGAAAUACGUGACGAAUUCAUCCUUCCACUAAAAAGAAAGCUUUUAUCUGAAAAUAGUUACCAUUCUUUACAACAUAUAAAUGGCAACGGUCUUCAAUACGAAGAAUCUGCUGCAAAAUCCAAUAGCAUGGAUUGUGUGAAAAUAACUGACAAAUAUUUGCUUAACGGUUUAUCUAGAAAGGAUAUAUACAGUAGUAGCUUCAUGCAAAUUUCAUGCGAACAAAUACAAUCUGAACAGAACUUAUCAUUUAGUGAACCAGAGAAAGAAAAGUCUCGUUGUGUAAAUAUUAGGCAUUAUGAAGAUAACUUCCACGUAUUGAAGCAGCCUUCUUUUAUCGUAGUAUUGUUUACUAUGGUGUUUUGGUCAGUUCAGUACAUAUGUACUCUUUACAUCCCUGAUUUCGCUUCUUCAAAGGGAAUUCCAGGAACAGAAAGUGCAUUACUAGUGUCUUUCAUAGGAGUAACUAAUACAUUAGGACGGAUAUUUACAGGAUUUAUUAUAGAUUUCCUUCACGUUAGGAGUAUUACGUUAUAUUUUACAGCAUUUGUUGUUAUAACUAUAGGAACAUUUCUCCUACCCUUUUGUAUAAGUUUCUGGCAGAUAGCAGCAUAUUCAAUAAUUUCAGGAUUCUGUGUAGGAACUUUCACAGGAAUGAGAACUAUUGUGAUCGUGGACUUUGUAGGAAUAGAUUAUCUGUCUCAUGCGUAUGGAUGGGUAUCAUUUUUCCAGGGAAUAUCAUGUAUACCAGUACCACCGUUAGCGGGUUUCAUUUAUGAUACAUCUGGAUCUUACUUCUACACAUUUUUACUGGUUGCCUCAUACUAUCUGUGCGGUUGUGUAACCAGUCUAUCACUACGUCUCGGUAAAAAGUGUUGUAAAACUGAACAGAAACAAACAGAGGAGGAACAGACUUUAGAAACAUAAUUAUUUAUUAAAUUAAAAAAAAUCUAUUGCAAAUAAAAAGGAAGAACAUACCGAAUUUAAAGUCAAAAGUCGAAAUAUAUUAUGCAUCAUAUCAAAUAACUUGCAAAACUGGUCAUUUCUCAAGAAGUAAAGUCACAAAAAUACUGAACUCCGAGGAAAAUUCAAAACGGAAAGUCUCUAAUCAAAUGGCAACUUCAAACGAAUGGAUAUAUAACAACUGUCAUAUUCCUAGACAUUUUCUUAUGUAGAAAAUGGUGGGUUGAACCUGGAUAUAUGGCUAGCUAAACCCCUCACUUGUAUGACAAUCGCAUAAUAUUUCAUUAUAUUGACAACGAUGCGUGAACAAAACAAACAGACAUAAUAGGUAAAAAUGUAAAAAAAGAGGUAUAUUAGUCAACAUUGUGUUAUAAUCUUAAUCACUAAAAAAAACGUAUUGCGUAUUUACAUGUAAGCGAUAUUUUGUACCAGCUUAUAAAACAUUGAUCAGAGCUCUGAACAAUUAAACCACAAACGAAGGCAUACUUUGAUUUUGGCGUUUUAUUCAUAUUAACAUAUAGCGACGAACUGCAUAAUACAGUAAGCAGUGAUGAGAUACAUCUAUCAGUUUAAAAGUUAAAUAUUAGCAUUUGGGAUAUCAUUUCUGAAUAGUAUAUUGUCAGACAUCCACAUUUCAAUGGUAGUUAUCGAACUUUUGACUGUUUUUUUCCUCUUGUAGUAUAAUGAUACGAUGUGGACGCCAUUCUUCGGAGACCG